UUGAUAUCUCUUGUGACACAAGACCAUAUAAUAAGGCCUUGUUACCAGCAACUGAUGAAGAAAAGGUUAUUAUAGGACUGAAGGCCAUACCCAAGAGCCUAAAAUCUGAGAUCGAGGGAAUACCUGAAGAUACUAAGGCUGCAAGGACACUCAUAAACAGUAUGAUGACAAAAAGGGAACUUGCAUAUACAACUCCAAGUGGGAAGUCAACUGAUGCAGCUAAGUUAAUCAUAGGAAAGACAUCUUCUAUUGGGAUCAGACAUAACUUGAUAUUUGAUUACCUGAUCUUAAACAGAGGGAUGAAAAGAGCACAGAUAAAUGCAGUGCUGAGCACAAGGAAUAGAGAGGUAUAUAAAUUGCUCCAACGACAGAAAAAUGGCCACGGCAUCAACAGUUAAUUGUCAACCAAUUUGUCACCAGAAAUCCUUGUAAAAGACAGUCAUGUCAAAAUUUAUCACAUUUGUCAUAUAUAGAAUAUUGGAAAUACAUAAC